AUGGACGACAGAGCCCUAGGUUUGCUAAAUCCCGUGGAAGACGACAGGACCUUUACGACACCCUACAUCUCCCAACAUCUCCUAUGGGAGCAAUGGUGCUCGAUAGACCAGCUAGGGCCAUUUGGUUCAUCCCAAGAUGAGACUAGCACGGCAGCCAUUGUCUACACGCCGACCGGUCCCUCGCCUCAUGAUAGCUUCGUAUAUCGCAGCGAUAUCAGCUCGACUGAUCUAUGGAGCGACAACACCCCUAUGACCGAGUGUACCGAUCCAUGGGGUGCCCCCAUCUCUAUCACAGAGACUUCACCUUCUUUCUUGCCUUCUGACCCGGUUACUUUUGAGGAGUCACCUCCCUUCCAGGAUGACAACUGGCACCGGCCCUGGAUACCAACGAAACAGCGUCAAAAACGGAAUCGCGACACCAACAGCCUUCCUCUUCGUAAGUCUGAUAGACAAAGUCUGUCAAGUGACAAAGACACGACGUCACUGGCAAAGGAGAAGACACAACAUACAACUAUUCGCCCCAACAGAAGUGCCAGGGGUGACAAUGCUUACGCAGGCCAACCGCGGAACGACGACAUGAAAAGUGCCCGGGAACGGAACCGACUUGCAGCCAACAAAUUCCGAGCCAAGCAGAGGGAUGACCUGCUGAGACUCGAGUCCAGCGAGCAGGACCUGGAGCGCAUCCAUCGCGAUCUUUCCACAUGCGUGGCCGACCUGACCCUCGAGAUUUAUAACCUUAAGAUGGAACUUCUACAGCAUUCGGGGUGCAACUGCGCCCUCAUCCAGAACUACCUCGUCCACGAGUCCCAGCGAUAUGUACAAGCGUUAGAGGAGGGGGUUCAGCGAGGGGCCACAUCUUGGGAGCCGGAGCAGCCUGGCCGGACCGAGCAAGGAUAA